GUAGCCAUGACUGCGCGCGGGACUGCGAGCCGCUUUCUGACCAGCGUCCUCCAUAACGGGCUUGGUCGCUACGUGCAGCAGCUGCAGCGCCUCAGCCUCAGCCUCAGCCGGGAUGCGCCCUCGUCCCGCGGCGCCAGGGAGUUCGUGGAACGCGAAGUGACGGACUUCGCCCGACGGAACCCUGGGGUUGUAAUAUACGUGAACCCGCGCCCGUGCGCGGUGCCCAGAAUAGUGGCCGAAUACCUUAACGGGGCCGUACGCGAGGAAAGCAUCAACGGCAAGUCGGUGGAGGAGAUCACGUCGCUGGUGCAGAAGCUGGCUGAGCAGUCCGGCUUGGAGGUGAUCCGCAUCCGCAAGCCCUUCCACACGGAUAACCCUAGCAUCCAAGGCCAGUGGCACCCCUUCACCAACAAACGGACAGCCCCCCGCGGGCUGCGGCCCAGAGAACUCCAGGCUCCUGCUCCAGCUUCGGUACAUGCACAGUGAAGAAGCAGAUUUUGGGGCCGUGAAAGUGAUAGGAUUGGUUCCUCUUUCGGAUUUCAAGCCUGGGCAAAUAGGUGGAGCCUGCUGAAGGGGCCGUGGCCUGAGAGAAGGAAGAGCUGUUUCCAUUGCCCACUACUAGGUACCUUGUGAAUACCCUAAUUCAGAUUCAGUCCGCCUCCUCGCAAGCAGAGAUGUGAGAAAACUCACGUGUUGUAAAGGGACUUUGUUUUCUAAAAUCCAAAUAAUGAUUUCAAAACAGUGAAGGAUCUUGAGGCUGUCUCCUGAAGGACUUGUGAUGUCUUGUUGCUCUUGCUGUGGCCUGGCAUUGGGCAAGGCACCUUAUAUUUGUCAGUGUUUUGUGCGGACGGAUUUAAUCCCAGCACUCAGGAAGCAGAGACAGGCAGAUCUCGAUGAGUUCGAGGCCAGCCUAGUCUCAAUGAGAGUCCAGGAGAACCAGUGCUACACAGAGAAACCCUGUUAAACCAAAAAGAAAGAAGGGAGGGAGGGAGGCCCAGCUAGACCUCAGUGAAAGAAAGAAAAAAGAAAACCAAGGUGGUUCUCAGUGGCAGCACACUCCUUUAGUCACAGCGCGUGGUUGGCAGAGGCAGGUGAAUGCCUGGGCUACAGAGUGAGUUCUGGGACAGCCAGGGAAACUGAGGUCAUUAAACUUAACUGAGACCAUG